CCUACAACCAAGAACGCAGAGCCGUCCUUCGCAUUACCGACAUCUGCUUUCUCUCUCUCUCUCUCUCUCUCAGUUUGAUUUUCUCUUUUCUUCAAGGAAAUGAGUUGGUCAUCAAGUGAUAAUUUUUUUGUGAACACAAAGUUAGAGGUCUUCUGGGUCAACCUCUUCUCUGAAUCAUUAGAAUUGACACGGAGCAAAGGUGUCGUCUACGAUGGGCCAAAGGGUGAUGAUUUCAAGAGGUUCUUGCAUUCUAAGAACUUUCAAGUAAACCGUCAAGGUAAAGCUAUUGUACGCGUCCGAAAGCGCUUCCUUGAAUGUCAAUAUGAUACCUUCAUUCUAGAAACAGUGGUACCAUUGGGCCCUUUUGGUUUCCAGAACAUACCAUUGCCAAAGCCGCAAGAGGUGAACGAAUUGCAAAGCCUCCUGGAGAAUACCAAAGCUGAAUCGGCAAAAAAGAAUAAUGAGCUUACUGAAUUGAAAAGCCUCUUGGAGAAUACCAAAGCUGAAUUGGACAAGAAGAAUAAUGAGUUUACUGAAUUGCAAAGCCUCUUGAAGAAUAUCAAGGCUGAAUUGGCGAAGAAGAAUGAUGAGCUUAUCGAAUUGCAAAGCCUUCUGAAGAAUAUCAAGGCUGAAUCGGCGAAGAAGAAUGAUGAGCUUACUGAAUUGCAAAGCCUCCUAAAGAAUGCUAAGGCUGAAAUGGCAAAGAAGAAUGAUGCGCUUAAUGAAUUGAUGAAGCAGAAGACUGAUCAAGAUUGGAAUCGUGAACAGUUCCAACUGACUAUGAUUGCGAUCAACAACUCAAUGAAGAGAGUGUUCAUUGAAUAUGGCCUUGAACCACCGGCCAGCGGAGAUCAAGAAUCAGUGUUGAGGUUUCUCGAGAUGUUACGUGAUCUAAUCCUUCACAAAGAAUUCAGUGACACUUUUGUUGUAGCUGCGAACGUGAUACUAGCCUCGAUGGCAAGCAUAUUUGAGAAACGCAUUGGCUUAAGCAUUGGCAUGGAAAUAAGGAAUACUACUCCCAGUACUCCAGCCUAUCUCAUUAAGAAUCUAAGUACCUUAAGAGACUUUAUGGUAGAUUCCCACUUCUUUAUUGAUGGCAGUGUUAUAGUGAAGGAUUUUCGUCUGAUGAACGAGGAUGACCUCCUUGUUAUCUUUCGGGAUUCUAUAGCAGAUGUGGCAGAGCUCAAGAAGAAGGAGAUAGGUGUGAAAUCAAUCAAUAACAUCGAUACAAAGUCCAUCUUCUACGGGUAUUUUAACAUUCCAACGGUGGGUAUUUUCAAGGGUGUUUUGACAAGAGUUCAUGUCACCUUGCCAGAUGAGAUCAUGGUGAAACUUCAAGUAUGCAAACAUAACCUUAAUAACAAAAGGUUUUGGUUUGUCUACGCCAAUGGGUCAGGUAUAUUUGAAAAGGAGGAGCAUGAUCUUGGAUCUCCAGCCAAUCUAGAAGUUGUCAAAUUCGCCCCUUCUCGGGUCUUAGGUGACUCGACCGAUUUUGAAGGAUUUUUUUGUAGGAUGAAUCGAAUCUUCGUUAAUGAGAAGGGAACAUAUCUCAAGUUUGACUUUAUUUCUGGCAAAUAUUCAGGAUCACGUGUUUAUGUUGAUAAUAUGGUUCGCUAUUAUACUAAGGAUGGUGGAAUGUCUGAUCCUUUUAAGUUGGUGCAAUUUGAUGCAAAUACACCUACAACAGAUAUCGUACGGCGAGAAGUUUAUUUACCUGGGACCUCAAGUGUUGGGAGUAAAUAUCCCUCUUGGAUGUUGAAUGAAGCUCUAGGUAAAGACUGUGUUUUCACGUUCAAUGACUUCUGUUUUAUGGGGAAAAUAAGGAGAGUCUCUGGCACUUUCCGUGAGAACGCUCUGGUUAGUGUGUUUUUCGAACAAAGCCAACAUGGGGAGAAUUGUUAUGUUGAUGCUCUUGCAACAACUUUCUUCGUUUUAAAACCCGAGAAAACAACCUCAUGGGGAACCACCGGUGGAUCAACAGCUCCAAGAUUUAUUUAACAAGGUCUAUAGUUUAUUUUAUGUUUUAUUUUGAGGGUAGCCUGAAUUGAUUGGUUGCACUACCUAUAUUGUAUCGUCUCUUCCUAGGGGGUAUCAGUUUGACUGUGGCAUUAUUUAUUGGGUUUCCUAUAUAUAGGGAUUAUAUUGUUGUUAUUGUUUAUUCCCUUGUUAACUAAAAGAGUUUUUUACAUGGCCCUCC